CCGUGUAGCAGAAACGGAGUUUGGUCCUGGAGCUGCCUGUGUUUUGAAAGGAUAUCGAAAACGCAUGAUUUUCUGUGUCAACGUAAUUAUUGAUUAAAUAUCAAAACAUGGCGGUGAACACAGGCACAUCCCUGGUUCUGUCCAGUCUGUUCUCUGUGUUGGUGUUUGCAGGGAUGCAGAUGUUCAGCAGACAGCUGGGCUCUACAGAGUUGCACACCAUCCUGGGAGGCUUCCUGGGCUCUGUCCUCUUCAUCUGCUCCCUCACAGCCUUCAGUAACCUGGAAAACCUCAUCUUCGGCAAGGGAUUCCAGGUCAAGAUCUUCCCAGAGAUCCUGGUGUGCCUGUGCCUCUCUCUGUUUGCCUCUGGGCUGGUGCACCGUGUGUGUGUCACCACAUGUCUGAUAUUCUCUCUGUUCGCCCUCUACUACAUCAACAAAGUGUCUGCUGCUCUGUACCAGGCAGCUGUUCCCACGGUAAUGCCAGCCAAGGCUGCCAGCAAGGGCAAGAAAAAGAACUAAGUCACUAAUUAGAUCAAACUUUCAUACCGUCAUCCAAUCAGCAUCCACUACAACGGCUAACCAGGC